UGGAGUCCUGAUGAGCUUUGUGCGCAUGUGCGGGAAGGUGAGGGUGUUUGGGGGGCCUCGCCCAGGAGAGUGAGGUGCUGGUAACUCAAACCUAGGCGGCCCCAUGGAGGCCCCGGCGCCCCAGCCAGUGAAGCAGGAGAACCUGGCCGUUGAGGCCCUGACGCUCGACUCCCCGUGGCACCGCUUCCGCCACUUCCACCUGGGCGAUGCAGCAGGGCCACGUGAGGCCCUGGGGCUGCUCCGCGCCCUGUGCCGGGACUGGCUCCAACCGGAAGUGCACACGAAGGAGCAGAUGCUGGAGCUGCUGGUGCUGGAGCAGUUCCUGAGCGCCCUCCCUGCAGACACCCAGGCGUGGGUGUGCAGCCGCCGGCCCCAGAGUGGAGAGGAGGCUGUGGCGCUGUUGGAGGAGCUCUGGGGCCCAGCAGCCUCCCCAGAUCGGUCGUCAGCAAUGAGGGCACCUCGGGAUAUGACAGAAGGCCCGGGGGUCAGUGUUGGAAAGGAAGAAAGUGGGGUAAUUCCCUUAGGAACCGGGGCCUCCUCCGGGACAGAGGUACCUGCAACGGGGAGCAGCGGGGCCAUGCGCCCGUACAAGCAGGAGCCAGGCAGCCCACCACCAGCCCCACUGGCACCCGUCCUCCCUGCCUUCCUGGCGGCCCCAGGCACCGUGUCGUGCCCGGAGUGCGGCAAGUCUCCCUUGAAGCCGGCGCAUCUGCUCCGCCACCGGCAAAGCCACUCCGGCGAGAAGCCGCACGCGUGCCCCGAAUGCGGCAAGGCGUUCCGGCGCAAGGAGCAUCUGCGGCGUCACCGCGGCACGCACCCUGGCAGCCCGGGGCCUGCAUUGCGCCCCCUGCCGGCGCGCGAGAAGCCGCACGCGUGCUGCGAGUGUGGCAAGACCUUCUACUGGCGUGAGCACCUGGUGCGACACCGCAAGACACACUCUGGCGCGCGGCCUUUCGCCUGCUGGGAGUGUGGCAAGGGCUUUGGGAGGCGUGAGCAUGUGCUCCGUCACCAGCGUAUCCAUGGCCGGGCGGCUGCGGUAGCGCAAGGGACUUCAGCUCCAGGUCCAGAGGGUGGUGGUGCCUUUCCGCCCUGGGCUCUGGGCUAGCUGUGGUUCCAAACACCUGCUGUAGGGCAUCAUCCCCUUUGAGUCCUCCCAACCCCAUUGCCUCUUCCCUUUCAGGCCCCACAUCUACUUCCUCCCUUCUGGAAUUCUCAGCUUUCACACACCCCUGCGAAAUACCCUUCUCUCCCUCCCUCAUUCCAUCCCCUUUUCACUGGAGGAGAGACUUCUCUCCUGGGAAAAGGGGCCUAGGGAAGGAGCAGAGUCCCUACUCCUCCCGCCUCCCAAGGAAGGUGAUCUUAAUAUUGAACCCCAGGACAGAGUCCGAGCCAAUGGAGGCCCAGACCCAGAUCUGGUUCUCUCCAUAGCCCAAAGGAAUGAGGUGGGGAGAGGUGCCCGAGAAAGCUUGUCACAGAUGGCAGGUCACCAGCAUCUGAGAGAGUAAUAAAGUGACUGACUCAGCAUGUACAGGAGUCUGUGACUCCGGUCAUGUGAGAGCUGAGCAUCUGAGGCACAGGGGACUUGGGGGCUCUACCUCACACAUUGCAGGAAGAGAGAGAAGGUCUGACACCAGAUACACUCCCAUCCAGGUUGUCCUAGCUGUAUAGCUUCAGGUAGGUGGGCCCCCUCCCUUUUCUGGGCAGUAGUUCCAGUUUCAUAAGUCAUGGUGCUUGUAAUGUUGCCCACCACCAUUGCUGAGUUAAUAGGUGAUUCCCGGCCACUCCUAGAUAACCAAGUGCUAGCCAGCAGGUCUGGGAAGCAUAUUUUACUGAGAAGACUCCAUUCUAGACUUGGGAAGGCAAGAGUUGCCCCUUGACCUCAGUUCUUAACAGUGGCAGUCCGGGAAUUUAGACCUAACUUGUCUUUAGGAAGCAUUUCUUUGGGUAUAUAGUCUGCCCCAAUCUGCUGUGGAGCAGGCUCUUUGGCUGGAUCAGUCCCUGGCCUGGCCCUGCUGGGUUCUCUGGGUACCUGCUUUGAGUCCCUGGUCUCGGCUUCCUCACCAGAACUCUAUAUAAUGGCUGCACAAAGUGGAGGGAGGUAGAGGGAUCCCAGUGCUCGUUCUGUUUCUUGUAUUAAGAUGGAAAUUUGCUGAAUCAAUCCAAGCUGACCUUGAGCUCGCUGUGUAACCAAAGGUGAUUGCAGAUUUCGGAUUCUCCCGUCUCCAUCGCCCCACUUUGAGGAUUAUUAAGUGCUGCACUAUGUCAACUGGCAUUUUAAAAGGCAUAUGUCACCAUGCCCAAGUUUCAUUCUGGUUUCGUUUUGUGGGAUUCUUACGUUUGAGACAGGGAUGUUAUGUAGCCCUGUCUUAAAACUUGCUAUGUAGAUCAGGCUGCCCUCAAACUCAAGAGAUCUGCCUACCUCUGCCUUCUGAGUGCUGGGAAUAAGGGUGUGGGCCGCCAUACCAGGUCCUUAUUCUUAAUAUAUACGUGGGGCCUUCCUGGAGUACAUACCCAGAGAAAUGGUUGAAGCUGGAUACAACUAAACUUUUAGGAAAAGAAUGUAACUGUGUGAAUAAGUAGCAGAAUGGCUGGGGGUGGGGCUCUGGCAGAAAUGGAGGUUCACUAGGAAAUCCAGCUAUGAGGGUUAUAUGAGAAAUUGCUUUGAAGCAGUGAUGCCCUCUGGUGGUGAGGGGUGAGGGCUGUUUCUAGAACUAAGAAGAAAGCAUUGUCUCUGGGAGUUUUUCUACCUCCCAGGUAGGAAAAAGCAAGUGGACAGCCCUUUCUGUAAAGAGAAUUUUUCUUUUUCUUUUUCUUUUUCUUUUCUUCUUCUUUUGUUUGGUUUUGGUUUUCCCAGACAGGGUUUCAGUCCUGGCUGGCCUAGACCUCACUACGACUACGCUGUAGACCAGGCUGGCUUCGAACUCAGAAACCCGCCUGCCUCUGCCUCCCAAGUGCUGGGAUUAAAGGCGUGGGCCACCACUGCCCGGCUCCAAAGAGAAUUUUCGUAAGCAUUUCAGGGAGCUGGAUAAGCACACGAACUCAUCCUUCAUACCUUCAGUAGUCUUGACUGUGGCUCUCCAGCCCUCAGCCCUCACCAGUCACGCUGCUGCCACCCACGACUGCCGGUUCUUGUGGCAGACAAGUAGGAAAGUUAUCUAAUUGGAUUUUCCAAGAUUUUACAGCUACUCUGUUUGACAGACAAAGGUAUGGAUGCAAAUACCACCAGCUACCUUUGACAAAGCUGCCAAGCCUCAAUGUCCAACCAAAAUGGCUAAUGAGCGAACCCUGGUUCUGAAAACCACACCAAGACAGCGAUGCAAAGUGUACACAUGGCUCAGGGUCCACACCCAUGCAGUAUCAUUCAUGGCAGCAUGUGAUGUGGAGAUGUCAGUCUUGCUGUGCAAUGGGACAGACUGGAGAAGUCACAUCAGCUGCAGACUUUCAAGUUACUGGGAGGAACAUGGAGCGAUGGGAAGGUGGGUGUUGUGAAGACACAGGGUGUCUCAUUUGACAAUAGCAGGAAGCACACAGUGAAAACUGCUUGGCUAAGAUAAAUCAGUGGGUAAGAGCACUUGCUCUGUAAACACAGGACCUGAAUUCAAUUCAUCAGCAUCUAUAACAUUGCACUGGCAUAAAAGCAGAAUCAUUGUACUGAAACAGAAUCGAGAACCCACACUCCUAUAGCCACUGGUAUUUAACCCAGAGGCCAAGGAUACACUCUGGAGAAAAGACAGCAUCUUUGACAGAUGGUGCUGGUCACACUGGAUAGUCACGUGUAGAAUGAACAUAGAUCCAUAUCUAUCACCCUGCAUAAAAAUUCACCUCCAGAUGGGCCAAGGACAUCAACAUAAGACGAGAUACCUUGAAUCUGCUAGAGGAAAAGAUAGGAAAUAGGCUUGCACUCGUCCCCGAAAGGGACUUUCUGAACAGAGCACUGAUCGCAUAGGCACUAAGACCAACAAUAAAUGGGACCCCCUGAAGCUGAAGAGCUCGCACAGCAAAGGACACCAUCGUUCAGGCGAAAUGACAGAGCGAGAAAAGAGGUCUUUACCAGCUAUCUAGCGGAGAGUCUGCACCCAGAAUAUAUAAAGAACUAAGAAAACGAAGCAUCGUGAAAGCAAGCCAAUUUUAAGUGAGGCGUGGAAAUAUGCAGAGUUCUCCAAAGGUUAAACAUCUGUAAAAUGUUCAGCAUCUUUGCCCAUCAGUGAAGAUGCAAGUUAAAAUGACUGAGAUUAUUUUGGCUAUGACUUAAAGAUUGAAAAAAAAAAAAAAAAAAAGCUGGGCAGUGGUGGUGCACACUUUUAAUCCCAGCAUCCAGGAAGCAGAGGCAGGCAGAUCUCUGUGAGUUUGAGGCCUACCUGGUCUACAGAGUGAGUCCCAGAGCAGCCAGGACUACAAAGAGAAACCAUGUCUGGAAAAACCCAAAAUAAAUAAAUAGAUGACAAGUGUUGGUGUUGGGGAAGGUGACCAUAUACUCCCUGCUGGUGGAAGUACAGACUAGUGCAAGCUCUGUGGAAGUCAGCCUGGAGGGUUCUAAAACCAACAGAAACUAAAACCAGCUGCACCACUUGUGGGCACAUACCCAAAAGACUAUACCAUCUUACUAUAGAGAUGCUUGCUUGCUUGUGUUCAUUGCUGCUCUGUUUAUAGCCAGAAGGUGUAAACUGCCUAGAUAUCUGUGAUGGUUUGUAUAUGCUUGGCCCAGGGAGUGGCACUAUUAGGAGGUGUAGCCUUGUUGGGGUAAGUAUGUCACUGUGGGCAUGGGCUUAAUACCCUUAUCCUAGCUGCUUGGAAGUCAGUAUUUUCCUAAUAGCCUCCAGAUGAAGAUGUAUAACUCUCAGCUUCUCCUGUACCAUACCUGACUGGACACUGCCAUGCUCCCACCGUGAUAAUGGACUGAACCUCUGAACCUGUAAGCCAGCCCCAAUUAAAUGUUGUCCUUAU